CUGAUAUUGGAAACUUAAUCUCAGAAUGGAAUAAGAGCAAGUUUGAAGAAGCUGACUCAUUACCUCUGAUGACGACGCCUGGACCAGUCGUACUGAUUUUGGUUUCCUAUUUAUUAUUCAUAUUUAAAAUAGGACCCUCAUACAUGAAAAAUAAAGAACCUUACAAACUAACGACUGUGUUGAUAUUGUACAAUAUAUUUCAAGUUGUAUUCUCUGCAUAUCUAGUGAAAAAGUAUUUUAAACAGUUGUAUCGUCACGGACUGGCACCAAGGAGUUGUUUAAUAAACGACGAGAGUCAUCGCAAGGAGAUAAUUUUAGUUCUAUGGCUGUACUUCAUCGCAAAAAUUAUUGAACUACUGGAUACAGUUUUCUUCGUGCUACGUAAAAAGGACAAACAGAUUACAUUCCUUCAUGUAUACCACCACUGCAUCAUGAUGAUGGCAUCAUGGGCCUAUAUAAAAUACUGGCCUUCAGAAUUGCUACUCAUCAUUGGAGGUCUGAACUCAUUAGUCCAUGUUUUCAUGUACACCUACUAUGGUUUAGCUGCUUUGGGACCGAAAGCCACUAAAUACAUAUUCUGGAAAAGACAUAUGACAAAAAUGCAGCUAGUACAAUUCGUAUGUAUUCUUAUACAUUACGCGAUAGCUAUACAAAGGUCUGAAUGCCCACACGAAGGUGCUGUAGCUUUAUUUUUUUCUUUUAAUAAUGCAUUUGUAUUAUUAUUGUUCGUACAUUUCUACUGGAAAAAUUAUACUAGUGGAAAGAAAACCAUUUCUUUUGAUAAUAUAUGUAAGCUUAGCGAGAAGGAAUCAUAGUAAUAUUUUUAAUGUAGGAAAAUUUCUUCAUAGCAUAAUUUUAGAUUUGGAAAUUUAAUUGUCUUAAUAAUUUCGCUAAAUGUCAUAUUAAUUGUUGUAAUUAAUAAGCGCCAUUUUAAAAUUUAUUAAAAAUAAACAUUGUUAACAACAGCACUGAAGUAAAAAGGAAAACCUAAAAGAAGACUGGUUCAUACCAGCAAGGAGUUUGCCUUACAUUUUUUUUUUUUGUUGUUUAAAAAACUAAAAGGUCAUCGCACCGUGUCACACACACUUACUCAUACAUAAGCGUUCUAUUUCACUUACACGGGUAAGCAAAAAAUGAGUUGUAUUGUUAUUAAAAUUAUCUUAGAUUUUUUAUGACAAUUUUUUUUAAUGUAUUUUUAACUUACCCUUUC